AUGCAAAAAUUAACUGUCGGUGUUUUGCAGCGUUUCGCCAAGAAUGGAGCAUGUGGUGAACAACCGAUCUUACAAAUAUUAAAUAUCAAAUUGAUGGACUCAAAACCAGUCAAUGAUUCGGCAGUAACACCAAGUCAAAUGAAAAAAGCUCAGCGCUAUCGUCUUAUUCUUUCCGAUGGGAAACAUUUCUUACCUUCUUGUGUUUUAACUGUACAAUUAAAUGAUCUGGUUACUAAUGGUCAAUUGCAAGAGUAUUCCAUCGUUCGACUCGAUCGAUUUUUACGAAGUGACCUCAAAGGACAAGCAACAAAAAUGAUCUUACAAGUUCUUCAAGUGACUGUUUUGGAUAUUGCCACUCAUAAAAUCGGUAAUCCAAUCUCAUUGUUAACAGCUGAUUUGAAUGAAGAUGAAACGAAUUCAUCCACAUCAAUAACAAAACAUGUCCUCCAACCCAAAACAAAUAAUUCAACGAAUAAAAGUUCUGUAUCUGCAUUGAAACACGACCAGCCGGUGUCAUCAUCGACAUUACCAAUCGUCCUCGAUGUUGAUUCAAUUCAAACAAAUCGUUUGUUUAAAAUUGAAGUCUUGAACCCAUUUCAAAACAAAUGGACAAUUCGAGUUCGAGUGGCACACAAGAAACCCAUUCGUUCGUUUUCUAACGGUGAAGGUCGUUUAUUCAAUUGCGAUCUGAUCGACGAAACGGGCGAAAUCCGCGCCACGGGUUUCAGUGAUGAUUGUGAUCGGUUAGAACCUCUCCUAAUCGUUGGCAAUAUUUAUUACAUUACUCAAGCUCAAAUCAAAUUUGCAAAUAAACAAUUCAACACGCUUAACAAUGAUUUCGAAAUGACAUUUAAUAACGAAACAAUUAUUGAAUUGUGUACUGAAAAUCUUCCAAAUAUUCCCAAACAGCGUUUGCAUUUCAUUCCGAUUGAUCAAAUACCAAACAUACAAGCAAAUUCAUACAUUGAUGUUAUUGGGAUGAUCAUGAGUAUUAAUGAUGUUGUUCACGGGAAAAGUAAACAAAACAAACAAUACACAAAACGUGACAUUCUCAUUGUCGACCGUACUGGACAAAUCACUGUUACAUUAUGGUAUCAAAUGGCUGAGAAUUUCCAACCGUCGUCCAUUCGAACUGUAAUUAUGUUGAAAGGCAUUAGUGUAAAUGAUUUUAAUGGAGUUCGCACUUUAUCCGCUGUUGGUAGUACACAAGUUGAAAUUGAUCCGGACUUACCUGCCGCUCAUGAGCUUCGCCGAUGGUACAUCGAAGAAGGAAUGAAUAUUGAAAUGACAGAUCUCUCUAUGCAAUUAAAUUCUCAUGAAAACAUUCCAUGGAAAACAUUUGCUCAGGUCGCUGAAUAUGAAUCCAACAUGCCAUCGGCGUCAACAACCGGUGAACUUUUUCGUGUCAAAGCUGUUUGCACACAUGUACGACAUGAUCCGGUCUACAAGGCUUGUACUCGAUCUGAUUGCAAAAAGAAAUUACAAGAUAACAACGAUGGCACAUACUACUGUUCGAAAUGUGACUUGGCCUAUGAAGAUUUCAAGUUGUUGUACAUGACAAGUAUCGUUCUGUCGGAUUCGACAGGUUAUCAAUGGGUUAGUUUCUUCGAAAAUGAAAGCGAAUUGUUAUUCGGUUGCCCACCGGAACAAUUUCCACAGGACGAAGAUCGAGCUUACCAGAAACUGAUGAGUAUUUUUGGUAUAGAAAAAAUGUUUCUUCUUCGAGUCAAAUGCAAUCGUUACAACAAUCAUGAUCGAAUUCAAUUUACAUGUGUCGGAUUCGAACCCAUCGAUACUCGUCAAAUGUCUCGCUUUUACUUAGAAGACAUCGGACGACUCUGUGUUAAUUAA